AUGGGGAAGAUCAUCAUCAUCAACCUAUCUGCCAUACUCCUCGUAUUCUUGUUGGUUUCUACGGGAUUAAUGGAUAAGGGAGAAGCGCAAGGGUGUGAGUGGGAAUGCAAGGGUCUACCAAACUUCAAGUGUUGGUUAGGUUACGCAGGUCACAAACUUUGCAACGACUUUUGUAUCAGCGAAGGUGCCGCUGAAGGCAACUGCUUCCCCCACGCUUGUCUUUGUCGCAAGGCCGGAUGCUCCUAAUGUGGAUAUUUUUACCUCAACCCAUCAUUAAGUAUUGUCUCAGUUGUGUAUAAUAGUCCUUCACAUAUGUAUGUGUCCAAGUUAUUAUUAUCCGAGUGAAAAGCAAAAAGGGAACAUAUGUAUUUUGUUUUUGCUACGGUUGUGUGUGUGGCGAUUGGUUGUCGUGAAUUUGUGAUGAAUCAAAAAAAGGUGCAGUGUUCAUGCAACCCUCUAUAUACCACCAUACGUAUUGAUAUAAAU